UGCUCACCGCGACUUCCCGCGCAGGGCCCGGCCGGACCAGGACGCGCGUCCUCAGCGGCGCUGGAGGAUGCGGCCCCGGUGCCGGGCAGCAGCAGCGGGAAGCCGGGUGCCCUGCAGGUCAGCGUUGGAGUAGCUGGGGCCCUGGAGGGCUUGAAGCCUUCACAGUGAUGGCGGAGAAGCGGCCACUGGGGACCCUGGGGCCUGUGAUGUAUGGGAAGCUGCCCCGCCUAGAGGCAGACUCCGGGCCCGGCCACAGCCUACCCCCCUCUUCUGGUAACCAGGACCCCUGCAGCUACAAGGGUGCCUACUUCUCCUGCCCCAUGGGGGCUCCUCCUAAGACAGGGUCUGAGCGAUUGGCUUCCUGGACCCCAUACCCACCCUUGUACCCUACCAACAUGGCAGGACCCCCACUCCGAGCAAACAGUCUUCUGACCAGCUGCCUGCUCUACCGCCCGCCCACAGAAAGUUCUGAGAAGGUGCAGGACGCUGGCCCUGUCGAGCUCCUGCCCUUUGGUCCCCAGUCUCACUCCUACCCAGGUCCCCCACUGGCAGCACCCAAACCUGUCUACCGUAGCCCCCUGUGUUACAGGCUCUCGACUUGCCUGGGAGAGGGGGCACCGAAGAAGCCUCUAGAUGUUGACUGGACGCUGGUGACCGGAUCCUUGUUACCACCAGUGGACCCAUCUUGUUCUCUGCCCCCAGCCUCUGGCAAGGGCCAGUUCCUGGAUGGCACCUUCUUGCGUGGGGUGCCAGCUGGGGCGUCUGACAAAGACUCCUCGGCGAGCUUCUCCCCCUGCCAGGCCUUCUUGGAGAAGUACCGGGCCCUCCACAGCACAGGCUUCCUGGCCUCGAAGUACGCGAGUCCUUACUCUGGGGACCCCAAGCAGGUGUUGUCCGAGGGCCCCCCGAGUCCUUGGACCCAGCUGGCCCAACCUCUAGGACCAACCUGCCAGGACGCAGUGCCCCCUCACUAUCCGCUGCCCCACCCCACACAGCCCGUGCCUUGCUUGCCAGCCUGUCGCCACCCAGAGAAGCCGGGCAGCUAUGGCUCAGUGCUCCCACUGCAGCCACUGGGAGCCCCCAAGGGGGCUGGGUACCCGGCUGGUGGGCUGAACAGCCCCUACCUGAGGCAGCAGGCCGUUCAGACACCCUGUAUGCCCCCUGUGGGGCUGGACACUUACGCCUACCCCUCCGCUCCCCUCCCAGCACCUUCGCCAGGCCUCAAGCUGGAGCCACCUCUCACCCCACGCUGCCCACUGGACUUUGCCCCCCAAACGCUGGGCUUCCCCUAUGCCCGGGAGGACCUCUCUCUCUAUGGAGCAUCCCCAGGGCUUGGAGGGACGCCACCUUCCCAGAACAAUGUGCAGGCCUUGCCAAAGCCCGGGGCCUUCCAGCGGGCAUGCCAGCCUCUGCCUGCCAGCCGGCCAUGCUCAGAGCUCACGAGGCCUGCAGAGAAGCCCGUGCAGGAAGCCGAGGAGAAGAUGUGGCUGCCCAGCUGCAGAAAGGAGCAUCCCCAGCCGCAGCCGCAGGCCAAGCCCCAGCCCCGGCCCGAUGAGCACCCCGGGGCACCCAUUGUCAUCGGAGAUAGUCCAGUUCCGCGCACCCCACCGCCGCUCCCACCCUGUGCCCAGGAGCGCCAGUCUCUGCCACAGAAUGAGGGCUCACUGCCCCCCAGCUCUCCACCCAUGCCGGUCAUCGACAAUGUCUUCAGCCUGGCCCCCUACCGUGACUACCUGGACGUGCCAGCACCUGAGGCCCCAGCUGAGCCUGAACCGGCCCCAGCCCCCAGCGAGAGCCACGACAAAGACUAUGGAAGGCCCCUACCUGCCCAGGAAGCCCCCUCCAGUGAGCACCCCUCACAUAAGGAGGAGGUGGCUCUGGACUUGAGUGUGAAGAAGACCGCCGCCGAGGCCUCCCCCACCAAGGUCCCUCAUCCCAUGGGACGUGCCAAGCCCACCCCAGCCGUGGAUUUGCUGGCCGCAGGAAGCAAUGUCUCCAACGUGCCAGGUACGGGGGACAUGGUCUCCAAUCCGCAGGGCCUGCCAAAGGCAGUCACAGAGGUGUCAGAACCACCUGGGGUGCCAGUGACCACAGAGGCCACCCCAAGGACCAACUUCCACAGCUCGGUGGCCUUCAUGUUUCGAAAGUUCAAGAUCAUCCGGCCAGCACCCUUGCCUGCAGCUGUGGUCCCCGCCGUGCCCACCUUGGCCCCUGCCCCGGCCCAGCCCGCACCCACCCCGACUCCCACCCCCGUGCCCCCUGGACUACAGAUGCUCACCCAGCCCUUGCCCGUGGCCUGCUUCGGCCUGACACUGCCGAGCCCUCCAGCUGUAGCCAUGGCCUCCCCCGCCUCCGUGCCUGCCCCAGCUCCAUCGCCCGCACCAGCUCCGGCUCCGGCUCCGGCUCCCGCUCCAGUUGCUGGCCCCUCCCCAGCUUCUACCCCCGCCACGGCCGACUCCUCAGAGCAGCACUUCGCAGGACUGCAUGCAUCCUUGUGUGAUGCCAUCUCGGGCUCUGUGGCCCACUCCCCACCUGAAAAGCUGCGCGAGUGGCUCGAGACGUCUGGGCCCUGGGGCCGGGCGGCGUGGCAGGACUGCCAGGGCGUGCAGGGGCUGCUGGGCAAGCUGCUGUCGCAGCUGCAGAGCUUUGUGUGCACGCAGCAGUGCCCCUUCCCCCACGUGGUGAGGGCCGGGGCCAUCUUCGUCCCCAUCCACCUGGUGAAGGAGCGGCUGUUCCCGCGGCUGCCGCCUGCCUCCGUGGACCACGUGCUGCAGGAGCACCGUGUGGAACUGCGGCCCACCACACUGUCGGAGGAGCGGGCCCUGCGGGAGCGUGCCCUGCACGGCUGCACCUCACGCAUGCUGAAGCUGCUGGCACUGCGCCAGCUGCCUGACAUCUACCCGGACCUGCUGGGCCUGCAGUGGCGAGACUGCGUCCGCCGCCAACUGGGUGACUUUAACACCAAGCCUGGAUCAGUGCCCUCUUCGGAAUCCACCGUGGCCAGAGAGGAGCCAGGGAGCCUAGACCUGACUUGGAAGUCAGCUGCCCCCAAAGCCAAAAAGCCAGGGAGGAAGCCACCGACCCCUGGCCCAGAGAAAGCGGAGGCGACUGCUGUGGGGGGGUCACGAGGUGCCUCCCCCACCCCUGCUGCUGGCGCCACGGUGAAGGCACGCUUCCGCAGCCUGCUUGAAUCUGCCUGGCUCGAUGGCCUGGCACUGCCCACUUGGGGCCACAAGGCCUCGGGACCGGACCGGACCGCACCACGCCCGCAGCUGUUGGGCAGCCAGAGCCACCAGCUGUAGCCUUAGGUCACCACUGCUGUUUGGAGAUCUGUGGAUCGCUCUAAGCCCUGCUUCUGCCGUUCCAGCUACUGAGGGCCAGGAGUGGACACGGCCUUGCGGUUUUUCCAGCCCUUACCCUGCUCGCCACCCCUCACCCCGGGCUGGGCUGAGAGCCCCUGAACUUUUAACUUGAGGGUGUUUAUCAGAAAGGAUAUUUCCUAUUAGAGAAAAGAUGUGGGCCUUGGAGCACAACAGACUUGGGCUCGAGUCCUGGCUCCUGUUCCUGGCUGUGUAACCGGGCAGGCCCCUGCCUCUCUUGUGCCCACGGUUCUCCAUUUGUAAAAUAGCACAACACAGCCUACCUCACAGGGUUGUUGUGGAGUGAUGCCCGACACACACCCAGCACGGUUUGCUCUCUGCUUCCUGCCCCAGAACAGGAGACGGGAGCUCGGCUGGGGCCUUCCUCUAGAAAGUCCUUGUGUGGCAUCUUAGAGUGGUCCCUUGUCCAGUGUAUGUGGCACACACUUUCUAGAGUCAUUUCCGAGGGAACCUUAGAGCUGCAGCCCCAGCGUUCAGGAUUUGACCCUAAUCCCCCAGUCGGGAGCUCCCUGAGGGAGCCCCUCCCCUUCCACAGGGGCAUAGGGAUACAGCCCGGGGCUGGCAUCCUUGUCCUGCUGCUUUCACCCCUGGGAGCCCUGGCCUCUGAUGAACUGACCCAGUGACUUCCCUGCGCUGCUGCUGUGACCUGGUGCGUUUUCCCAAGGAAGUUGUGUGUUUGCAGGAAGCCAAGCAGCUACAGGGACUCAGGGACUAAAAGGGACAGGCUGAGUGACAGCUCAGCCCUGGAAGUCUCCGAAGAUGUCAACUAAGUAAGGACUUUGGCCCUCCCCACACCAGGGUCCCAGCAGCCACUCCUGCUGUGGGUUAGCUCCUUGCAGAGUGCUGAACUGAGCCAGAGGCUGGCAGGUUGGGCCUCUGGCCUAGUUAAGGUUUGUAAUAGGGCUGUGGGCCCUGGAGAGAGGCCA